GUGACCACAACAAAACGGUACAAUUCGUGUGUGAUGUAGCUUCCACAACACAACAACAACAACACAAGUGCGCUCCCUUCACUAUUUUGUAUUCAUUCAUUAUCUCGCGAUCUCUAAUCAGCUGGUCUUCGACUGAGUCGAAUGACCCAAAGCAACGGAACGGACGACGUCAUCAUGGGUUAGUGUAAGUGAAGUACAAAAAAAAAAUCAUACUGAGGGUAGAUAGUUGUGUGGUGUGAUUAAUAAUGGUGUCAGUAAUUGAGGGCAAUGUUAGUACGGUUAAUUUUAAACUGCGUAUAUCGUGAAGUUCUAUGAAUCUGUUCGGAGUAAAGUAUAGCUUUAAACGUGUGUUUUAUAAGAUCAAACUGGUUUAGCUCGGUUAGUUUCGAUUACAGUUGAGAACUUGUUACUAAGUCUUCCGUUUGUUUAUCCAGUGGAAAAUUUUGUUGACUUUAUCAGAUUGAAUUACAUGAUUAAUUACAUUUAUUUACUUAUCGCUUCGCCCGCAAACACUGAUUUAGCGAUAAAAUCACGUUUCGAGAAGGUCUGUGUGCGAAGAACCGACGCACAAAGAACGGCAGAACAUGUGUGGCGGCCGGAAAGCAACGGCCAGUCAGCCAGUGGUGUAGUAAACAUCAAGCAGCAGCCACCGAGCAGCGAACGGCGAUCGAAGGAAAAAAAGUCGCGGUUCAUUUCAGUACAGCUGAGAGCCUUAACCAGUCCGGUCGGAUUAAACAACAAGUGCUUUCGGAGUAAAAGUCAGUGUUGAGUGUGAAAGAAAGAAAACGACGGUGACUCAGCUCUCACCGAGGAGACGACAAAGCUCGUGAACUUCUUGCCUGUAGCGAAAACCUAUAUCUGUACUUGAAUAAUCCAAGGGGGAGGUGAUCGAAAUACCGUUUUUCGUUUUUCAACCCGGGCUCUGGUGUGUUAGUAGCGAGGGAUUCAUUCGCAGUCGGGCAGCAUAAAACGACGCUCAUCACGCGUCGAUGGUCGGAAGCUAACGGAAUAGUUGUUGGGUCAACGUGCUGCUUGCGCAUCAGCAUCAUCCUCCUCAUGACGCAGUUGAUGAAGCUACGUUUGCUGUUGGUGGGCUUGUUGUUGUUGCUUCCCUCGCACCUAGCGACGAUCGCCACCGCGUAUCGAAUCGGAGUAGGCCGAGCGGAUUGCACUGGACCACCUGUCGAGAUUGGAUUUAUGGGAUAUGCGGAAUUCUCGCAACGAGGUCAUGGCAUUCACCUGCGUCAGUAUUCCCGAGCCUUUAUCGUGGAGGAUGAACUCGGCGAGCGGGUGGUGUUUGUCAGUGCCGACGCGGGCAUGAUGGGGCACGCAGUCAAGCGAGACAUUGUGGAUUUGCUGCAGCAGAAGUAUGGCGACUUGUACCGGUUUGAGAAUGUUGUUCUCAGCGGUACGCACAGUCACAGUGUACCGUCCGGGUUUCUGAUGUCGUUUCUGUACGAUAUAUCGUCGUUGGGUUUCGUACCGCAGAAUUUCAAUGCCCUGGUCGAGGGAAUUACGCUUAGUAUAGUACGGGCACACGAAAACAUGCGAGAAGGAAGUAUCUUCGUGUCCGAAACCGAAGUUCAACAGGCAAACAUCAACCGAAGUCCCAGUGCAUAUGAGAAUAACCCCAAGGAGGAACGAUCACAGUAUAAUGAUAACACCGAUAAGAAACUGGUCCAACUACGGUUAGUUGACAGCCACGGCAGGCUUAUGGGGGCGAUCAAUUGGUUCGCUGUUCAUCCGACGUCGAUGAACAAAACGAACUGCUACGUUUCCAGUGAUAACGUGGGUUACGCGUCCUUACUUCUGGAACAGGAAAUGAACCCGGACAGUUUACCGGGACAAGGUGAUUUCGUGGGCGCUGUGGCCGCCAGCAAUCUGGGGGACGUUUCGCCCAAUGUGAUGGGACCGAAGUGCGAGAAAACCGGACUACCCUGUGAUCUGCUAACGUCUUCCUGUCCCAGUGGGGCCGGUGUUUGUAUUGCAUCCGGACCCGGUGGUGAUAUGUUCGAGAGCACAAAACUGAUUGCCAAAAGGAUCCACGCAGCUGCGUCGAAACUACUCAAAUCGACGGACGGCGCCGAAAUCCGUGGUCCUAUCGCAUACGCACACCAAUUCAUCGACAUGACCCGGACGGUGGUACCGUACUACAACCGUACCACGAACCAGGCCCAGGAAGUACGGGGCUGCUAUCCGGCCAUGGGCUAUAGUUUUGCGGCCGGCACGACGGACGGUCCGGGAGCGUUCGAUUUUCGGCAGGCGAUGCUGACCGAUACCACCUUCUGGAAUACGGCACGGGAUUUGAUUGCCGUGCCGAAAGCCGAAGAUAUCGAGUGUCAGGCACCGAAACCGAUUCUGGUUGCCACGGGGCGUACGACUUUUUCGUACGAAACACAACCGAAAAUUGUGCCGGUCCAGAUAUUGUUGUUCGGAGAUUUUGCUAUUGCGGCGGUUCCCGCCGAAUUUACGACCAUGUCCGGCCGGCGGCUGCGUAAGGUAAUCGAGGAUGCAUCGGUCCAUGCUGGCGGUAAAAAGGUGCAGGUUGUGGUAGCGGGUUUGUCCAACAUGUACACAAGCUACGUGACCACUCCCGAGGAGUACGCAAUUCAGCGGUACGAAGGAGCAUCCACCUUGUAUGGACCGCACACGCUAACUAUUUAUUUGGAACAUUUCAAAAAGCUGAUGGAAUCAAUCGUCACCGGAGAAAGCGUCGCCAAAGGACCCGAGCCACCGUUUGAAGAUUAUAAACAGAUCUCGCUGUCCACCGGGGUGGUGUUCGAUGGGCACCCGUUCCGGAUGUAUUUCGGUGAUGUUCAAACUCAACCGGAGGAAAGCUACAGGAAAGGUGAUACCGUGAAAGCGCUGUUCGUUGCCGGCAAUCCUCGGAACAAUUUAAUGCACGAAAAAACAUACCUAACGGUAGAAAAACAGGUUCGGGAUGACGAAUGGAAGGUGAUAGCGACGGACGCCAGUUGGGACACGAAGUUCAGGUGGAUCCGGAAAUCUACGCUGUUCGCGUACAGUGACGUCGAGGUCGAGUGGCAAACCGGACCCGACACGGAAGAGGGUAUCUAUAGAAUACAACAUUUCGGCUAUUGGAGGUAUAUUCUGGGGGGCACAUAUCCAUACAAUGGUACCACCAGAAAUUUUAGUAUAUUAUAGAAAGAGAUUUUACAUUUUCUAUUGUCGAUUGUGAUACAAAUAGAGAGAAACACAGACUAGUCAAGACAAA